AUGGGAAAAGACGCCAAUCUCAAAUGGCACCAGCGUUGGUACAAGUGUAUCAAAACGAUGCCGGAAAACCUCAAAGUAGGCGAAGUAGACAUAUCACGGGUAUCAAAGGCCGCUAAGCAUCUGCCCAGCAAAGUUAUGGCCGUGGCAUGCGAGGGUCUACACACAAGACAAGUUGAAUUCGGGUUCGGUUUGCAAAAAGCACCCUCAGGCCGACAGGCCUGGAUGAAACCACAACACUUUAUCACUCUCUCGCAAAAGUUCUUCAAUGACCUAGACAUGAUACCUAAAGUGAGGCAGUCAUCUAAUCAUCCUAGACAGAACGAACAGCGGGCAAAAGCUGUGACCAGGGCUUUGCUAAGGGCGGUAUAUAAAGAAUUACACAUCGCGCGAUUCGCUGGUUUAGAUGAUAUGACUGUGCUUCGGGAGACUACUUCAACUUUCUUUCCUAUGAGAUAUAUGGAUGAUCGGAAAGUUCGAAACGUCCGUUGUGUAGCAAGGUCCGACUACGCCUUUCAUUUUGGCGAAAAAGAAGCAGAAGCUGUGAAUUUGGUGGUCAUUCAGGUGAAAUGCGGUGGUUUUUGUAGCACCGCUGAUGGCCAGAUACUGACAUAUAUGGCCAUGGCAUGGGCUGCUCGGAAAAGACGAAACCAGACCGACUGUACCAUUUAUGGCUGUCUGAUAGACAGUCGUGAGUUUCGAUUUUUCCAAAUCAGCCAUGAUGGUCUUUGGUCUCAGACCAUAUUGUUGAUGUCUCUUUACGCCGAUCUCCGGUUGGGGAUAAAUACUGCUGCAAACUAUCUCGUAUACUUCUUGAAACACGGACUUGAUACUCAUUCGGCAUCUCACGAUGGCGUUCCUACUUCCACUCAUGACCGGUGUGUCUCUUGA